AUGCUCCUAGGCGAUGGCGAGGCCGUGGGGCGCGCGGGUGACGGCGCCCAUGGCGACGGCGUCGAUGGGGCGACGAGGCCUGGGGAGGCCGGCGGGGAUGAGGCGAGGCGACGGGGCGGCGCUGGUGGGGGCCGCGAGUGCCUGGCAACGGCGGAGCGCCGGGGAAGGCAGAGGGCGCCGGGCGCUGAGGUGGUUGCCCCGAUCCAGAACGGGAUCGGGGAGUCGGGAGGGAGCGAGGGGAGUGGGGAAUCAGGGAGGGAGAAGUGGGAGGGGGAAGAUGCUGAGAAUGCCAUCAGCAAGCUCAAUGGGUAUGGUUAUGAUAACCUCAUCCUCCAUGUUGAGUGGGCAACACCCAGGCCUAGCUAG